AUGUGUGAUAACGGAGACCCUGAGGAUAAACCUCCAGCCCCUCCAGUCAGGACCGGCAGCACCAUCUUCAGCACCAACGCUGGCAAAGACUCACUCGUGGGGAACCACAGCUCCAAACCUCUGCCGUCUGUUCCUGAAGAGAAAAAACCUCGCAAUAUGAUGAAAUUCAUCUUUUCGGGGCAGGAAAAGAGUGGUAGGAAGAAGGACAGAGAUAAAGAGCGACCAGAAAUCUCCCCACCGUCAGAUUUUGAACAUACCAUUCAUGUUGGAUUUGACGCUGUUACCGGGGAGUUCACUGGUAUGCCGGAGCAAUGGGCUCGACUACUCCAGACCUCAAACAUCACUAAGUCAGAGCAGAAGAAAAACCCACAAGCUGUACUUGAUGUUCUUAAGUUCUAUGACUCGACAGACAACGGUCGACAGAAGUACCUCAGCUUCUCGUCGUCUGAAAAAGACGCAUUCACUCCAGGACCUCAGUCGCCCGUCAAAAAAGGAACUGAGCCAUCUUCUCCAAACAUUAAAGAUAUUGAUGAUGACGACGAUGACGAUGAAGCUCCCCCUCCUGUUGUGGCACCACGACCAGAACACACAAAGAGUGUUUACACGCGGUCUGUUAUUGAGCCCAUUCCUGCUGCAAGCACAGGUCCUGAUGGAGAUGUGGCCUCCAAGGCUGCAGACAGACAGAAAAAGAAAAGCAAGAUGACCGACGAGGAGAUCAUGGACAAACUGAGAACAAUAGUGAGCAUCGGAGAUCCCAAGAAAAAGUACACAAGAUAUGAAAAAAUUGGUCAGGGGGCAUCAGGAACAGUAUUCACAGCCAUCGACGUUGCGACGGGACAGGAGGUUGCGAUUAAACAAAUCAAUCUGCAAAAGCAGCCGAAGAAGGAGCUCAUUAUCAAUGAAAUCCUAGUGAUGAAAGAGCUGAAGAACCCCAACAUCGUCAACUUUUUAGACAGUUUCCUGAUGGGGGAUGAGCUGUUUGUUGUCAUGGAAUAUCUUGCUGGUGGCUCCCUGACUGAUGUCGUCACUGAGACUUGCAUGGAUGAAGCCCAGAUAGCUGCUGUCUGUCGAGAGUGUUUACAAGCUUUGGAUUUCUUGCAUGCAAAUCAAGUUAUUCACAGAGACAUCAAAAGUGACAAUGUCUUGCUGGGAAUGGAUGGAUCCGUGAAGCUUACUGAUUUUGGCUUCUGUGCUCAGAUUACUCCAGAGCAGAGCAAACGCAGCACCAUGGUUGGUACACCUUACUGGAUGGCUCCAGAAGUUGUGACCAGAAAGGCUUAUGGACCUAAAGUAGAUAUUUGGUCACUUGGUAUUAUGGCCAUUGAGAUGGUUGAAGGAGAGCCCCCAUACCUGAAUGAAAACCCACUGCGGGCUUUAUACCUGAUUGCUACAAAUGGAACCCCUGAGCUUCAGAAUCCAGAGAAGCUUUCCCCAGUUUUUCGAGAUUUCUUGAACCGCUGCCUGGAAAUGGAUGUAGAGAAAAGAGGAGGAGGCAAAGAGCUUCUGCAGCAUCCAUUCCUGAAGCUGGCGAAGCCCCUCUCCAGUCUGACACCUCUCAUCCUGGCUGCCAAGGAGGCCAUGAAGGGCAGCCGUUAGCAGAGAGGAGCAGCUGCACUGCCCUCCCAUGCUGUGCAGACGUGCCAACCGUUUAGAUUUUUGUGCCAGACAAUAGACUGUGUGACUUGCCUCUCUUGAUGUAUCAGCCUUAUAAGCCCUGACAAACCUCACUGUGAAGAAGACCAAAAAUCAAGAGCACAACCCCACAACUGUCCACAUGAACUCUGAUUUUAUCUCGUCUGAAGACCAGUCAGACUGAAGUGUAUCGUCUCAGAGUCGGGCAUCGAUGACUUUGUGCAUCAAGGUAGGGCUAGGCUUGUAUUUAACGUGGAAUGAAGAAGACGCCUAGUUCUGUUUAGUUUUUUAAUCAGCUGCCUUAAACAAAUGCAAAACGUGUCUAAUGUAUUGUUGAUUGUGUCAUGUCUCCUUUCCUGUGAUUUUUACUACAUUUGUAAUUUACCUUUUCUGCUUGUCUUAGUUCUUUUGAUACUUGAAUUUCAUUUUAGUUCCCCUUUGGUCUAUGAAGUGUUUCGUUCUCAGAGCACUUGUUAUUUCUUUACUGAUUCAUGUGUUAUGGACGUUUCUGUUUUAUAGGAAACAUUUCAAUGCAUCCAGCAUGUGCUGAUAGUGUUCUCUGACCGGUCCACUGUACCAUUUCUAGUCCCGAAUAGUCCGACUCCUCAUCCCAAAGGCGCACCUUACUGGCCAUUAAAACUUUAGAUCGACAGGGUUUGUACUCUCUUUGCUAUUGAUAUUAAAAAGGAGUAUUGUA